AUGGACAGACAUGGUCUUGGUUUCUUGACCGACUCUAUCGGAUGGUUGGAGCAGAACAAUUCUCUUCAAAUUGAGAUGCGACCAAAAGGUGACACCUCAGCCUCAGUCCAGGCACAAUUCGUAAACGCCACUAAAAUGGUGUGCCUCAACGGCAAUUAUGUAAAAUUCAUCUUUUCACUACUCUCGACAGGAUUCUCAUCAUUCCGAUCCCGAAGAGAAGCGGAGCCUUUCAAGUUGGGUUUCAUGUGUGAAGGAGCGGAGCUCAAGUGUGUGGGAUCAACAUGCUCUUUUUGCACAGAUAUCAAGCUCACAAACAGAAGUGUUAGUACACGGGAGAAAAUCUUUAGUUGCACGCCUCACAUCGAUGUCGUGGAUUGGGUGAAAAGCAAUGUCAAACAUUAUUGGACGAAAAUAACAAAUGUGUUUAGUGGGGGAGCAGAACCGAAGGAAGCGGAAGAACAACAAAGUGUUUUCACAUCACUAUUGCGAUGGCUAAUAUAA